GCCCCUCGCGUGGACAUUUAUCCCCUACCGCUCAGGCCGUGCUGCCGCCAUCGCCGCCGAUCUAGCGCCGGGCAGACACGAGAGAGAACGCCAUGGCCCCCUUGGCAGCCCUGGUCUCCAGCAUCCUGCUGCUGCUGUGGCUGGUAGCCCCCAGCAAAGCCUGCACCUGUGCCCCACCUCACCCACAGACGGCCUUCUGCAACUCGGACCUUGUCAUUAGGGCCAAGUUUGUGGGGGCCCCAGAAGUCAACCAAACCACCUUAUACCAGCGUUAUGAAAUCAAGACCACCAAGAUGUUCAAAGGCUUUGACGCCUUGGGUCAUGCCGCUGAUAUCCGGUUCGUCUACACCCCCGCCAUGGAAAGCCUCUGCGGGUACUUCCAUGAAUCCCAGAACCGCAGCGAGGAGUUCCUCAUCGCGGGACAACUGCGGAAAGGCCUCUUGCACAUCAACACUUGCAGUUUCGUGGUCCCCUGGAAUAGUCUGAGCUCCUCUCAACGCUCUGGCUUCACCAAGACCUACGCUGCUGGCUGUGACAUGUGCAAAGUGUUCGCCUGCGCAUCCGUACCCUGCCAUUUGGAGAGUAACACUCAUUGCUUGUGGACAGACCAGCUCCUCCUAGGCUCUGAGAAGGGCUUCCAGAGCCGCCACCUAGCCUGCCUGCCACGAGAGCCUGGGCUGUGUGUCUGGCAGUCCCUGCGGCCCCGGAAAGACUAAUGGCUUCCGAUGUUGGAAGAUGAAGCCUGCGUUGUGCUUGCCUCUCUCCCACUCCCACCCUUCUUUCUCCCAGUCCGUGAAAUAAAGAAUUAUCAACCUGC